CAUCCUAGAGGAGGAAGAUGAGAAGGAAAAAAAUUGAACAUAAUUAGUCAACUUGUGUUCCAAAUCUUGAAACAGAGAUCUAUCAACCACAUACUUAAAAAGAGGAAGAAGAUGCCUUGCCUUUACAUCACAACCAAUCUUAGCUUAGAUGGAAUUGACACUGAUCCCAUCUUUUCUGAAGCCACCACUGCUAUCUCCAAAAUUAUCGGAAAACCCGAAAAGUUUGUGAUGGUGCUAUUGAAGUCAUCAGUGCCAAUAUCAUUUGAAGGAAACAAAGAACCAGCUGCUUAUGGUGAGAUAAUAUCAAUGGGAGGUAUAGAUAAACAAGUGAAGAAGAAACUCAUUGAUACACUUGGCACAAUAUUGCAGUCAACACUCUCUAUUCCCAGAACACGUUUUUUUCUCAAAGUCUUUGAUACCACUGCUUUUCCUACACGCUCCAAAAUUUAAUGAUUUCAUAGUUGUAGUACAAUAGUCACAAGAUUGUACUCUAAUAAUCAUCACAAUUUGUUUUUAUGGAGUUAUUGUUAAGCAUUAAUAAA